GUGCCGUAGUCGCACACAUAGAGUCAAUGGAGGCGGCUGGAGAGCUUAGAUGGGAUAUUGAACCUUCCAAUGGCAGAAACUGUUUCUUCACACGUGAGUCUUAUGAGAAAUAUUGCUUGGGUCCAACACUGGCUGAAUUGUUACUCAUCACCAACAAACCCCCUCCAGCAGGACCUACACAAAAAGAGGCUUCCAGUUCCCAAGCGCCUGUCCCUGACAGUCAGCCUGUUGUCCCAUCUUCUACCAAGCAGCUCCUCCCUUUUCCCGAGCCUCGUGUGCCGUACCCACGGUUCUCGUCCCUCACAGCAUUUGAACAGGAUGCCUACGUGAAACUGAUGAUCAAAUUCCACAACAAGAAAAACAGUAACGUCUCUUUUGGACAAGUCAAGGACUACAACCAUUAUGAAUUCUUGAAAUCUAAAUCAAGCCUUGAAGUUCCAGAGUUUCAGAAAUUUCUCCAGAAUGCAGCUCGGAGUUGUGCUGAGGACUAUGAUGUGCUUUGUGCAGAUGCUGACCUCUAUGUUCAGGAGAUGUUAAAGAUCUGCCAAACUUAUGUGAAGAAUUACCCUCCAAUUUACACUGUCCAUGAGAUCACCAGCAUUUUGGGUGGAAAGUUUAUUCCAGACUUGACCUUUAAGCUGGAGAAGUGCCUUCUUAAAAUGGGAUCUGUGAAGUUUGUGAAAAUGACAUUUCCAUCUGAUGGUAUUCCUCUGCUAGCCUCGUAUAAAAAGGGGUGUCAGAUGAUGCCCCCAGUGAAGAAGGCUAGUCAUGUGCAUGCGAGUGUAAGCUCAGAUCCGAACAUUUCUAAACUGGCCCCAAAGUAUUGUCCACAAGUGGUACUUACGUCACAGGCCUUGUUUGCCCUCCUUAAUAACCAUGCCCCUGGCUACAAUGAACAGUGGGAGAUUCCUGUAUGUGUGGAGACUGGUACUGGUACAGAUGGUAAACCAUGUAAAGUAGUAUACAUCGAUUCCCCUCUUCCCAAGAAAGAGCUGAGCACAAGAGAGAGAAGCCAAAUGUUCCAUGAGGUUGUUUUGGACAAGUUCAUGAUGAGAAAUUAUAUGAUUCCGUUGAAAGGACUUUUUCUGGACAGAGACCAGAUGGAUUUGCAUUAUAAAGAACAUUACACAAACAGGAGUAUUUAUCACGAGGAUAAGGAAGUGGAUUUUGCUUCUGAUGUGACAGAACUGGAAACUUUUUUUUCUGUGGAUAAGGAUGUAAACUCAAGUAAAAUGUCCUCUGAUUCCGAGUCUCUGGAGUUAAGUCAGACCUCCCUUAAAAAGUCUCUGCUAGACAGAUUACAUAUGGAAAAACAGAUCAUCAACUCGACCCCAGCUUUGUCUCGUUUCAGUUCAGAUGAAGGCAGCGAUGUGAAGAAGAAAAAGCUGAGCAAUGAAGAGGGGACAGAUAUGAGAUUUGACACUGAGAACAAGCUGAGAACAUGCUCUGCGUCAAGUACUGGAGCCCAAGCCACCACCAGCAGCAAUGACAGCGACUCGGAUAACGAAAAACUUGUGAUCGAUAUUGACUGUAAAAUGAGUGAGGGCAGCAAUGUGGUGGUCACACCUUCUGUCAGUACUACUCCAAAGGCCCCCAGGCGGAAAAAGCCCUCUAGGAAGAUCCCUAAAGAUAUCGAUCCCUUGGGGCAGAUUCUGAAGAUGCAAGAACAGCUUCUAAAAGUCGACACAAAGAAGAUGGAGCAGAUAAAUCCUGAGAAAAGUGAACAAUCGUCUCCGCAUGCACCCAGUUUUCAACAGAACGCCUCAAGUUCAUGCCUGGAGUCACAGAGGAAGGUGGAAGUUAGGCCCUCAAGUAAUGACAAAUAUCUGCUAUCCAGUGAUCUCAUGGCCAUGCAAGAGGAUGCGGCUGAGUAUACAGUGGAACCUGAAGAAAAUUGUUCCUAUAAAAUGUUUAGCCUGGGUGAUAUGCUUCUGUUACUUAAAACUACUGUGCACACGGCAAAGACUCGGCCAGCAGUCAAAAAAGCAUUCAAAUGUCAAAUCCCGGUUUUUGUGCUUGCCAAGGUGGAUUAUCAGACUUGCUAUGGUGUGGAGUCGCUAACAGAAAGUGAGAGGUGUCGGCUGUGGACCGAAAGCCUUAUACACUCUAAAUGUGAAUUCUUUGUUGGACAUGUUGAUGCUUUAACUUCUAAGUUUUUCAUGCUGGAAGAAAUCACUGCUGAAAAUUUAAAGGAGAGCAUGAACAACUUCAGGCCAGCUAACUGUCUCAACUCUCUUCACCAUAUCUUAAAGUGGGUGACCGGUCUCCAGGAUGGAUCCUACCUCUUGAGCCAUGUGUCUGGAGACUCCUCUGUCUGCCUCUAUAAAAGUACCAAGGAUCAACAAAGAGGAGCCUAUAAUUUGCAUGAUGCCCACUGUAAUGCUCCUGAACCGCCAUCAUCUCUGUCUGUUCCCUGGGUGCCUUUAAAUCCCAAUCUGUUAUUGAAGUAUCACAUUCAGCAUGGCCGUCCACCUUGCACGUUCCCACCUGCAGCAGAGGUGGAUACAGGAAUAAAGAAAUCACAGCUACAUGAACCACAAAAAGCUCCCUGCAAAGAAAAGACCAAAGUUUCUCCAGCAACCUAUGCAUCUAAAGUUACCAAGGCAAAGCAGAAAGGAAGAAAUAGACGAAACAAGCUGAAGGCGAGACAGAAGGCACAGAAAGCCGCAGCUGCAUUGCAAGGAAAUAAAUGAGCAGUGAUGGUCAGUUCGCAGUGUUCGCCAGCGAACACAUGCGGGCUGCCAUUUUUAGUAAGGUAGACUCACCCGUCCGGCGAUGCACAGGUAAGCCCUUACCUGUGCCGGGAGC